CUCAGCCAGCCCCCCUCCCUGCUCCAGAGCUACCUCUUCCAGCUGCUGCAGGGGGUGAACUUCUGCCACGCGCACCGGGUCAUCCACCGCGACCUGAAGCCCCAGAACCUGCUCAUCAACGAGCUGGGCGCCAUCAAGCUGGCGGACUUCGGGCUGGCGCGGGCCUUCGGGGUGCCCCUGCGCACCUACACCCACGAGGUGGUGACGCUCUGGUAUCGCGCCCCCGAGAUCCUCCUGGGCAGCAAGUUCUACUCGACAGCGGUGGACAUCUGGAGCAUCGGCUGCAUCUUCGCAGAGAUGGUGACCUGCAAAGCUCUGUUCCCUGGAGACUCUGAGAUCGACCAGCUCUUUCGCAUCUUUCGGACCCUGGGGACGCCCAGCGAAGCCACGUGGCCGGGAGUCACCCAGCUGCCGGACUAUAAGGGCAGCUUCCCCAAGUGGACCCGGAAGGGGCUGGAGGAUGUGGUGCCCAAUCUGGAGCCAGAGGGCAAGGACCUGCUCCAGCAACUCCUGCAGUACGACCCCAGCCAGCGGAUCUCGGCCAAAGGCGCCCUGGCCCAUCCGUACUUCUCGUCCACGGAGACCGCCCUGGCCCCCCACCAGUGUGUGCUGGAGCGCUUCUGCCGCUGAGGAUGCGGGAGGCCACCGCCUCAGAGCCUCUCUCCAGCGGCCGCCCCGCUGCCUCCUCACCGGCUCCCCAAGAAGGGGGACAUGUCUGGGGAGAGGGCAAAGCUCUAAGGAAUUUGCAUCAGCCGCCAGAGGGCUGAGUUUGGGUUCGUCCUGCCAACAAGUUAGCGAGUUCCUGUGUUGUUUGUUGGGUUCGAUGGUGCCGUUUCCAGACGGGGGCACAGAAGCUCCGUGUGCGAGGGGGUAUGACAGGCCCUGGGUCUCCUGGCGCGGGGCAGCCGGCCAAGGAAAGCAGGAAGCCUGGCCCGCCAAUGCUGCUGCGCGCAAGGCGCUCCUCUGCCCUUCGCCUGCCCAGCCCUCGCUGCAAGGCCAGACCCUGAGGGGAAGGGCGCCCUCUGCUGGCCUUUUGGAUUUAAAAUGUUUGGGGGAAGAGUUGAGUCCCAAGUUUAACAGGAAGGAGGGUGCGGGGGAGGGGACGUUUCCUGGUACCAUUGUGUGUGGCUGUUGUAAGUAGUUGUCACCUAGGAUAUGUGUACAUUUGUUUGCUUCUGGAUUGAAGAGCAGGAAAUAAAAGUGAUGCUCUGAAUG